AUGGAAGGUAUCCGCCGCUACAACGUAGAGCGGUCCUGCGUACGCUGCCACGAGCGUAAAGUCCGAUGCGAUAGGAAAGCACCAUGCAGCAAAUGCAUGCGACAAGGGGAAGUCUGUGAAUAUCCUGGACCACGAAAAGUCAAGCGAAAACCUCCCAAGACGAGCGUCACAAAUGUUGUAUCUCGAUUGGAGCAACUGGAGAGGUCUAUUGCGACGCUAGCUGGCAAUCCAUCCACGGCGCAAGCGAAACUGCCGAGAACACAAUGGCAGCACCAACUGCCCCGUCCCAGAGCUGCGCCCACAUCUGAGGUGACUCCGACUGUGACAAAUGGGCAUGUCCCUUCGGCAUACCACCGGCCGUCCGGAAAAACCAAAAUGAACUAUGGCUUCCUUAUCAAGGAUGGCGCUUAUAUCGACGAGCCGCUUCUUUCGCGAGUGAUCGAAAAAGAACAUGAAUUACAGUCUGCCAUCGGAACACCGAGUACACAGACUGGUGGCUCAGGAAAACCGCCACCUCUCAGAAUGGACGGCAUGCUCAUCAACCCACUGUUGAAACAACUGGAUUUCAAGGCUCUGUAUCCCGAUCGAUACCAGGCCACGCAGCUCUGGCAGACUUUCCUUUGUCGCGUGGAACCGGUCAUAAAAGUGCUGCAUGUACCCACAACGGAGCCACGUAUCUUCGCGGCCAUAAAUCGACCUGAUUCCGUUAAACCUGACAUUCAUUGCCUUCUGUUUGCAGUCUAUUUUGCGGCUACUACUGCUAUGUUGAGCGAUGACCCGACAAAUGAGAAUAUUCGUGCAGAUCUGCAGCAAUAUCAACAUGGUAUCGAGCUGAGUGUCUACAACUCCUCUUUCUUGGAAUCGCCUACGAUACCCUCCCUUCAGGCGAUGUCCAUAUAUCUGAGGUGUUUACGCUACAGCAACAGCGGGCGGGCUGGGUUCACCCUACGCGGCUUGACUAUCCGUGCUGCACAAUCAAUUGGGCUUCAUCGCGAUGGAGAAAAGUUCAAGCUCUCACCUCUGGAAUGUGAGAUUCGCCGACGAGUCUGGUGGGAUCUAUAUGCUACCGAUUCCCGUAUGGCCGAAGACCACGGCAUUAUAAUCGCCGACCAAGACUAUGGGAGCGACACCAAACUUCCCGCCAACAUCAAUGAUCAGAGCAUAAGUGAACACACCACUAAACCAGUCGAGUCCGAACAGCGAUGGACCGAUUCGACGUUCAUGCUUAUAAUCAACGAGGUCAACAAGAUGUUCAUCCCGAUCGCCCGGUCUACAGACAGUUCUCCAGAUGGAGCGCAGUCCCAGCUACUGAAAGAACUGAAAGAACGACUUCACAAUCGAUUCACCAAAUACGCAGAUAUGGACAUACCCAUCCAGCGACAAGGAGUAAUGCUCGCACACGUCCUAGUCGCCAAAUUUGAAGUCCACGUGCUGCACAAGGUCCUCCAAAAACAAGGUGCCGCAUCCUCAACCGUCGACACAGAAGCAGCAACCGAACUCCUCGCAAUGGCCGUUCGAGCUCUAGACCUCGGACUCGAGAUGUAUACCGACGAUCUACUACGCGGCUUCCGCUGGUUAACAUCCACAUGCCCACAACUCCACCUCCUCACCUACAUCCUGUGGCACCUAUGCGUAUACCCAACCGGCCCACACAACGAACAUGCCUGGAACAGCGUCAAUAGCCACUUCGACCUAGUGGAUAAUGAUCCCUCCUGGCCAGACCCGGGACCCAAAUGGCCGAUGCUGAUUCAGCUCCGGGCAAAGGCGUCGCGCGUCCGACAUGCGCAUCUUGCGUCUAGUUCUAAUGAGAACUUGUCGGAUGGAGAAAGUGCUAUCCAGACGGUUCCGGAUGAUCUACCAAGUGAAACUAUUUUAGAUAUGGAUAAAUGGGAUUUGAACUGGGUGGAAUUUCCUGAUUGGGAUUAUCUCGCACAGAGUAUUUCGAUGAUGGGGCAGGAUGGACAUACCUACUAG